CUUCCUCCUGCCUCCUCUUCUCCUCCGCCUGUUGCUCUCCCUCUCUUGCCUGUGUCUCCUUCUCCUCUCCUUCCCCGGCCAGAAGCCGCCUGCCGUCGGCUUGUCCUCCGGCCUCUGACUCUCGUCCCAGACGCCGGUGCCUGAUUCACAUUGAUUCUUCUUCACUACUUUGAGAACACCUGGUCGUGGGAUCUUCUGGAUCUUGGAUUUGGGAAGGGGAAGAAGAUGGGGAUCAGAUUCAUAUUGAUGGUGAACAAGCAAGGCCAAACCCGCCUCGCCCAGUACUACGAGUACCUUACUAUCGAGGAAAGACGAGCUCUUGAGGGCGAAAUCGUUCGUAAAUGUCUCGCCCGCACCGAACAACAGUGUUCCUUUGUCGAGCAUCGGACAUACAAAAUCGUAUACAGGCGCUAUGCAUCGCUAUUUUUCUUGGUUGGCGUCGACAAUGAAGAAAAUGAGCUUGCUAUUCUGGAAUUCAUACACCUCUUAGUUGAAACCAUGGAUCGCCAUUUUGGCAAUGUGUGUGAGCUGGACAUCAUGUUCCAUCUAGAGAAAGCACAUUUCAUGCUGGAAGAAAUGGUCAUGAAUGGAUGUAUCGUCGAGACAAGCAAGUCCAACAUUCUGUCGCCGAUCCAGCUGAUGGACAAAUCUUCAUAACCAAACCUUCAAUGCUCUGAGCAUGCGGAAUCCAUUUGUUUUAGCACCUUUUCUUUCCCAUCUAAAAGGAGCUGUUUUUUGUAUUGUUCUUAUCGACUACUCUCAACAGGCAGUGCAGAUAUAUAUAGUGUGUUCAACCAAACGGAUUGGAUCGAAUGUUUGAUUAAUUUUGUUACAUGAUUUAUGUUUUUUGAGAAAUUAUUAAAUUUGCUUGUUUGUC